ACCGCUGCGAUGCAACAACAACUCAACGAAACCACUGCAUAGCAACUUUCUAUAUUGGUACUGCUACUGAGACUGAAUUAUUUGCAACAAUCCCACCCCUGGAGGGAAGGGAAGUCGUGAUAAGGGCCUGGCGCCCAGAUGUGCUACUAGAGGUAGACGCGGCAAGUCUCGCAAACUACACGGCAAAACGCCGCUGCUCCUGGUGAGUGAUGAAGGGCGGCGCCCGCAAUCCAGCGCGUGACCCCUCGCUCCUGGUGCUGGGUGUUCUCUCCUUGAGGAAGAGCCCAGCUCUGGAAGCUGGUGCGCCUUGUAGUAUCAUGCUCCUGGCGAGCACUAGGCGCGGCGCCUCGUGGUCUUUGGUGAGUGAGACGGCGGAGGGCUGUCCGCGUGCUUAACCUGAACAACACAGCGCCAAACCCUGCCCGGCCAUUCCGAGGCGGGCCCCCCCUCUAGCGUGUUGCCGCGUCGUGUGCAAAGAUGCCCGGCAUGGCGUGCCCCCCCCGGCCUUGUGCCGACCGUAUUAGUGGCGCGCACCGCCGUAAGCCCUAACGCCCUACGUAGCGCACAGGACGCAGCUGGCGGCACUUGCCGAAGAUCGGUGGAAUCGGUGGGGCCUGCGCUAUUCUGGAAAGCUUGGGCGGGCACCCUCAGCCCCCUGGUGGGGCCGCGAGACCGUUCGCGGGAGGCGGCGCAAGAGGCGGCGGGGGCUCCGCCUGCGUGAGCCGCCACCGUCACAGCUUGCGCCCUACAUUCUGCCCGCCCGGCAAUAGCCGGAUGUCAGUGGAGCCGCUCUGAAAGCGCGCGCCGCUACGCACGUAGCGUCAUGAUUCCGCGUCGGCGCGCCCUGUCCCUGUGUGCACCUUUGAAUAGUGCUGCUAACUAUAAAAAGGAGCCAGUGCUCGAAGCAGGUCCGCACAAAGCGCCCGCUUCCCUUCAUGCGCGCUGCUCUCCUUCUGCUUCCACGGCUUGAGGUCGUGCGUCGCGUUGAAGGGUCUUCCCCCGUCUGGCUCCCACAACCGCGUUGUCGGGCGGAUCAUUGCGAGUUGAGUAUAGCAUGGUCAAAGAGCGAGCGCCGCUCCCGCUUCUGUUGGAAACAAGAAGCGGAUCAAAUCCAAUUGCAAUUAUUUAUAUUUGCAACAAAAAAGAAAAAGAAAUAGGAAGAGAAGAAAACGACUAUAACUGUAUGAAACCAUCAGACGAGACCGGAGCAGGGUCUCGAUUUCCAGCGCGCGACUAUAAUUAAGCUCUGCGAAGAACAACGAGUCGAUACAUUCCCAUUCGUGCCCUCAUCUCUUUGUACCUGCAAGAACAAAACAUCGCCUUCUACUAUUUGUAUUUGUUAAUAAUUCUUGUUUUCUUUUGUUUCCAGAUGCAGAUGUGCCGUCGUGUUCAGUUCGUUCGCUGUUGUGUUUUGUCGUUGAACGGGAGGGCGAGAAGUGGCGCUGCUUGUUGUAGCGGCCGUGGGAUUUCAAUCCGCGGUAUCGUAGCCAGAACAAGACAACCGCAGGGAGGUGUUCAGUUACACUUUGGGGCUACUAAUUCUAUGGGUUCUUUUUUAUGUGAGCGUCAGCAUGACCAUGAGCUCGAUAGCACUAGUAGGAGUCACAC